GGCGCUUGACAUUAAUGAUAUAGUAAAUCCAUCUACGUUGCGUGCACAUUUAGCUCUUUUGACGAAAUUAAAGGAUUUGGAACAACCAGAUGAACAGAUUGAUAUGAGAUACUUGUUACGUGCACAGGAACGCUACAUACUAUGGUUGGAUUUGCUGGGUAGUCGAAAUUUUAAUGAUGAUAAUAUGCCAAUCCCGCCCAUAGAUGUUUGCUAUAUCUGGCAUUCACAUUUACUUUCACCACUGCGAUACUAUGAAGAUAUGCUUCGAAUUUACGAUCCUCAACAAAAAUUCCCGGAUUUUCCUCUGAAGCGACUGCAUGAUAUUUGGGAAAAAAAUAACGGUCAUACUGAUUCCAAUUCCGAAAGUAUUUGGGCGGAAAGGACCAAACAACCUUGGGUACUUGAUCCAAAUGAUAGCUCUGAUUUUAAAAUAAAUUGUCCUUGGUGUAAGGAAGAUGUACAAAUUUCAUGGAUGAAUUACGUGAAUCUUAUGAAGGCUAUUAAGGCAGAUGAGAAAUGUCCUAAAUGCCGCGCACCAUAUUCCGUCGAAACUCUAGGUGCCAAAAGAUUUAUUGAUGACAUUAGUUCUUGGAAUAAAUAUAAAACUCAGUACAUCGGUGGUACUUUGGUUGAUCUGAAGGACGGCUCAUACUCAGAAACACUUGCUACCAAUGAUUCUCUCUUAUUAUUCACAGCCCAAAGCACUCACAUUUGUAAUCUUACUUUUCCAGAAUCAACUAAUUGGAAAAAAUGCAACUGGAAGCAUAUUAUUAAACAACUUAAUCUACAGAUAAAAGAUUUGAGAAAAACACAAAAACUUAAAGACGUAAGGGCCAAAAUUGUUCGACGAAUAAUAUUUGCCUAUAGUGGCAUUCCAUCCCCAUUUUCAAUUGACCUAAUUAGUGCUGUGCGACGACAACGUGAAUUUACAGAAAAGAUGGUUAAUAAUAAAUGGAUUGAUUGCAUAGAGGUUCAAAAAAAUGCCACAAUACGAUACAAUAAGUUCUUAUCGUUAAUGAAAGAACAAAAUACGCUACUUGUGCCCACUCUUGAUAUUGACCUGGCUUGGCACACACAUCAAAUUCAUGCAUCAUCUUACCGUGCGUUCACUCAAAAGAAUAUCGGCCGUAUUAUUAAUCAUGAUGAUACAUUAACCAAGGGAGUUUUGUCAAAUGGGUUUGCGGUUACGGCUCGAGCUUGGUAUAAGAAGUAUCAUGAACCGUACACACAUGUAUGUCCAUCAAAGUAUUGGUUAACCACAACAAAAAAGGUUAUGUCCGUCAUUGUACCACCCUAUGGUCUUUUGGUUCUUUAUCGAUUGAAAAAGUAUCGAAAAGCAACCAAUAAAAAGAAUAGAAAACAUAAUAAAAAAGACAAAGGAAAAGACACGGACAACCUGUAUAAGUAUUCAGGCGUAUGUGGAGUCAACGAAAGUACUCCUGUAACUAAGUCACAUGGUAAGUGUGGUGGAUGCGGCGGUGGAUGUGGCGGUUACGGUGUCAAUUGUGGUGAUGGUGGUGGAUGUAGUAGUGGAUGUGGUGGAUGUGGCGGAUGUGGUGGAUGCGGUGGGUGCGGAUAAUUACC